AUGGCCAAGAAGCACCUCAAGCGCCUCUAUGCGCCCAAGGACUGGAUGCUGAGCAAGCUGACCGGCGUGUUUGCGCCGCGCCCGCGCCCGGGUCCGCACAAGCUGCGCGAGUGCCUGCCGCUGCUGGUGAUCAUCCGCAACCGCCUGAAGUACGCACUGAACGCGCGCGAGGGCGAGAUGAUCCUACGCCAGGGUCUGGUGCACGUGGACAACCACCCGCGCCGCGACGGCAAGUACCCUGCCGGCUUCAUGGACGUGAUCGAGAUCCCGAAGACGGGCGACCGUUUCCGCCUGCUGUACGACGUCAAGGGCCGCUUCGCGCUGGUGAGCGUGUCUGAGGCGGAGGCGCAGAUCAAGCUGAUGAAGGUGGUGAACCUGUACACGGCCACCGGCCGCGUGCCGGUCGCCGUCACGCACGACGGCCACCGCAUCCGCUAUCCGGACCCGCACUGCUCCAUUGGUGACACCAUUGUGUACAACGUCAAUGAGAAGAAGUGUGUGGACCUGAUCAAGAACCGCCAGGGCAAGGCCGUGAUCGUGACCGGCGGCGCCAACCGCGGCCGCAUCGGCGAGAUCGUGAAGGUGGAGCGCCACCCCGGCGCGUUCGACAUUGCGCACCUGAAGGACGCGUCUGGCGCCGAGUUCGCCACCCGCGCCGCAAACAUCUUCGUGAUUGGCAAGGACCUGAAUAACCUGCAGGUGACGGUGCCGAAGCAGCAGGGUCUGCGCAUGAACGUGAUCCAGGAGCGCGAGGAGCGCCUGAUCGCGGCCGAGGCCCGCAAGACCGCGCCGGCUCGUGGUGCCCGCAAGGCCCGCAAGUAG